AAAGUCUACAACUGGUUCAUUAGACGCCCACGAGCUGAUCUGGUAACACUGUGAGCAUCAAGAGAACGCGAUGGCGUCCGCCUCAGCGGUUCUUCUGUUCCUGUCUGCGGGUUUAUUCACGGUAACAGACGGUUUUGGAGAUGUCUGUAAGAGCUACUUCACCAGUGAUAACGUGUACAGAUCUUCGAUUAACUGCGGGAUUUGGGAGCACUGCUGUGGAAGCUGCGAUAACAGAUACUGCUGCUCCUCUGAAUCUUCGAAGUUAUCCGAUCAUGUGCAAGAUUUGUGCACUAUGGCAAGCAGAGAAGGCCCUGCUGGCACUGAUGACCCACCACUGCCUGAGAUGCUUCAUAGCAGCAAAUACAGUAUUGCCAUUACUGUAUCAAUAGUAGGGCCUGUGGUCCUCAUCAUCUUUUUCUUCAUCUGCUGCUGCUGCUGCCCCUGCUGCUGUAUCUAUCAAACAUGCGUAAAACCCAGACCUGCGGUACAAACACAUGUAACUACAGUCAUGAAUACACAAUCCAUUCAGCCACAGCCUGUAAUGCAGGGAGGCCAGUACCCACAAUACCAACCACUGCCGACUCAACCAGGUUAUUGGGGUCAGCCUAUGCAGACAGGACCGUAUCAGGGACAGUCAAAUGCACCAGAACCCCCACCCUCGUAUGACAUGGCCACGAGUCCUGGAUAUCCCACUAUUCAGGGUGCAUAUAAUGGAGGCCAGGCCAUGUACCCCAUGCAGCCGCCUGCCCAGCCGGUUCAUGCUCCUAUGCUUUCAGAGACAUCGAAACAGCCGGCUUACAACCCCGCCUACAUGUAGCCACCAAACACCGGUUACUAAACCGCAACCGUGUGUCAAAUCAGUCAUUGCUGAGUCAUUGAGUUUGACGCACUUUCGCAAGGCAGUAAGAAUGUGCAUUAUACAAGACUAUUUGAUGUGCUAUGGUCAGGGUUAUUACCGUUUUUAAUUUUAGUUAUUUAGUUUUAUUUCAAUUUCUUUCAUUUUUGUAAAAAAUAAAUAAAACAAAGAUUACUAUAGAAAGUUUUACAUGAAAAUGUACAAGCAAUGAGUGAAAAUAGUUUCACACAUUUAAAAAAAAAUGCAGUUUAAGUUUUUAUUAGGGUUUUCUGCCUUCGGUAUUAAUUAUUCUGGUAUACACUAAUAUACAAUAUAAAAUUAAAUAUACUAAAA